AUGUUGUUUUUCAUCGCGAACGCUAGCCCGGCUGUGAUCACGCUCCCGGCGAAACGUAUCCCGUGCUUCACCUUUUUGUCCUUGAUGGUUUCGAUCGGUGCCGAAAAGAAGGGAGGGUUGAAAAGGAAGGAGUCGAGGAAAGUUCCGGUCUUGGCCGUGUUUUUUCCGGCGAGAAGCGCCAUGGCGGCCCCCAAGGAGUGGCCGGCGAGCCAUACGCCUGAUGAGCUUCCGAAAGUCGCGAUGACGUGGCGGACGGCUUGUAUGGCGGUCUCGAAACGAGACCCCAUUUCUGACGACGUGGAUGUCGAGCUCGAGGUCGCGCGUGAACGCGUUCCCUUUGGUGAUGGUGCCGCGGAAGGCAAUGACGUGGCGGGGGGCCGGGGGGUGGUGGUCGGGGAGGCGGAAGAUGGCGCCGAAUAUGGAGGAGUCGGUGUUGUCGAUGAGCUGGCGGUACAGUUGGAAGCCGAAGGUUUCGAACCAAGGAGGGGCGAGGGCGUGGGGCCCGGCCCGGUUUGCUUGACGGUCGCGUUCAAGGAUGUAGACGGACUGGACAAGGCAGGCAGAGAUCGACCUCCGGUGGUCGGGAUUCGACCUGUGUUAGGUGAGGAAAUCGAUUAUCGUUGGCUUUUACGGAAUCCGAAAGAUCAACAAUUUCCUUUCCGGAUCCCAUGA